CAAAAAGAGAAAGCACUUACAUCACAUUUCAACAGUAUUUACCUUUUUUUCUUUGAAGACCAAAAUGCCAUGAGAACGAAUGCCUUUUUUUAGUACCAGAAGAUUAAUACAAUAUAGGUUACCACGCGGUUACAUACCAGAUACAGAUCAAAUUAGCAGAAUAGUAGCCCAGGAUCAGUUUAUUAUUGAUCUGAUCACCACUUCGCUUCUGAGAGUUCCUUCAGGCACUUAUAAGGCUGGCGACAAUAUGUUUAUCGAUGGCAUAGAGUGUGAAGCUCUCUAUAUACCUCAUUCAUCAGAUCUUGUAGACUUACCUCCUGUAGUAGCAGAAAUACAACACACAUACUGUCUGAAUGUGUACAAGCGUUUCCACAUUUUACCAAUUUUAUUCAUCGUCUGUACCUCGAAAACAAAGUCCAAAACUCUGAGAGACCUCUUCAAAUCUGUCCAAAACAAUUGCUUCAUGCUGACCAAACAGAGUAUCGAUCCUUUUAUCGACAAUCACGAUACCAAGGAAUUGGAUUCUUUGGUUGUCUUUCAAAACAUAAUCAGUAUUGACCGAUGGGACGACCCAACCAAUGCAAAACUGUACUUAAAAACAGAGAAUGAUAAAAAAAUAAUGACGACCGUUUUCGACAACCCCAGCCGAGCGCAUCAAUACGCAGAAGCAGGACGGCACUAUAACGCAAGUCUUGAAGUACGACACAAUGAAGCAAGAAUUAAACAAUACACCUCCAGAAGCAACAACAUCAAUGUAGCUUCCUAAAGACUUUGACGGCGCUUCUAGUUCUAUAAAUUCCAAAUACAAAGAUUUGAUUGCAUUCAUCGAUGCUUGGGAGCAGAAUAACAAAGGUCGAAUGAAUUGGUCUGCCUGUUGGAAGAUGGAAAGAAAAAAGGUCUGUUCAAUGAGUACUCAAACACCCAUAGCUUGAAGAAUAUAUACCACAGAGCAAAAAAUGAUACCUAAUCACCAUUAGCACCGUUUAUAUGAC